CAUAGAAUACGCAAGCUCAUUCUCAUCAGUGUAGAAUGUUAUUGUUCGUUCCGUUUCCGGGUGGUUCCUCUAGCGGUGUCAUCAAGAUCGCGUUCGAUUCGUCAUUUUCCGUCAUCAUUCAGUCAGUGAAUGGCCUCAGAAUCGUAAACAUGUGAACAUUAUUGUUGUGAUUCUCCUGAAAUGUUUUAGCAAAAAACUGUGUUUGUGAAGCCUGAAAUUAUUAAAACUUAGUGAUUGAAAGUCAAAUUCUACAGUGGAAUCGAUUCGCAUGAAACUGCAUUGCGAGGAAACUGCUAAAACCAUGAAUAUCACGCAGCCACCGCAAAACGUUCAGUGUAGAACAUGUAGAAAACUGGAGGGCAACCAAGCCGUUCCGGUCGAAGCGGUGCUGGAAUAUUACGGAAAAUCCGUGGCCGAAAUGAUCUUUGAGCUGACUGAAAUUAUGGUCACCAAUGAUCCGCACCUGCCACAGUCCAUCUGUUUGGGCUGUGCGGAAGACCUUCGCUCGGCGUACAAUUUCCGGCAGCGGUGCAUCGAUUCCAAUGAAGCUUUCCUCCUCAAUGCGGGGGCGUCUACAAGGGGGGAAACUUUGGACGAUCCCAAUAUGCUUAUAUUGAAGAUGGAACCGUGCGAUUCGGAACUGAUGGACGUUCAGAAAGAGGUUGACCCGGAAUAUCCGAAAGAUGAUCCACUUUGGUCGGACCACAAGAACACUUCUACAAAACGGCGGAACUCUAAAGGAAAGUCCACCAAAGUCGCGUAUACCAAAAUCGCCGCGCAGUUCGUCAAGGAGCGCGAUGGCCGUUUUGAGUGCCACUUUGACCCAGACUCGGGUUGUAGAUAUGCCCAGCGGCUGUUGGAUCUGAACAACUACGUCCGGCACUGUCGAACGAAGCACAAAGAGAGGGCUUCGAGACUCGGUCUGGUAGUGGGAGUGCCAGCAACGGACGAAGUUCCGUUUAAGGAACCGGAAGUGGUGGACACAGUACAGACUGGUGAAGAACGGAAACCAUCGCUGAAGUAUACCAUCAUCGCGCGGAAACUUAUCAAAAAGUCCCAAAAAGGGACGUUCUUUUGUGCGAUAGAUGAGCGAAGUCGUUGCAGGUAUUCGCAGACAAAGAGGUCUUUGCUGAACUUUGUCCGGCAUUUCCGGAGGGCUCACGCGAAAGAAGCAACGAAGUAUGAUCUGUUCCGGAAGAUGGUAGCUAAGAAACCAGUACAUCUAGUUCUCAAGCGAAGAAUUCCUCGUUCAGAUGGGGUAAACUUGGCCGAGAUCCUUACCCAUCACAUCAAGCGCUUGGAUGGCAUGUUCUGGUGUGCCAUUGAUGAGCAGAGUCCUUGCAAAUAUGUGCAGGAGAACUACUCCAUGAGCAAUUUCCUGCGGCACUUCCGAACGGUACAUCCCAUGGAGGCGAUGGUCAGAAAUCUUGCCGGGAAGGAUGGCCAGGUGCAGAUCGAAAAUAGAAAGCGAUACGCGAGAAAAAUCCAGGUCUCUAUCGAUCAGCCGGUGGUGCUGCAAGCCUGCAUCCAGCUGGUGGCUGAGCACAAUCUUCCGAUCGAGUGCUUCCGGUGGGCCGGUUUCCUCUCACUAAUGAGACCUCUGAAGACAGGGCUGGAACUGGAAAUGGACAAAACUAGCAUGGUCCAACACAUCCAUCAGGCAGUGGAACGCCAAAUCUCCAUGAUCCGGUAUGAAAUGCAGGCCAGAUUAGUGUUUGUUGAAAUUGAGUCGUUCGUUCACGAAGGGAACCAUUUCCUGACCGUAAGUGUCAAUUACGAACUGAACCUCAGGGUCUUAACUCGAGUUCUUGGGCUUAUCAGAGCCACGGACGCAACGCCGGUCAGUGAAUUGAAAACCAAGAUUCUGGACCUAUUUGGCCGCUAUCAGCUUCAGGAGGAACAGAUCAUCGCCAUCGUGUUGGGCAAUCUGGGAAGUAUGCUCGGAACGCCCAAGAAGUUGCAGGAACAGUUCGCUGAUUCGUUGAUCAAGCCGAGGUUCGUAUAUGGCGACGUGGAUCGGGAAAACACAUUGAUGGAUGCACUUUCAGCCGAACUUCAAGGUCAAUUCGAAGUCGUGCAAAAUGUGGUCUGCAGUGUUUUCUCUGCUUUGAACGAAGUCGUUCCCAAUGCUGAUCCAGACUUCCAACGCAUCGAGCAGUUCAUACAAGACCUGAAAAGUCCCAAGUAUGAGGACUCCUUCAACGAACAUCAGAUUUCUUAUCCUACAUCCUGGUGUUCGCAACGCUGGACCUACAAGUACAAAGCCAUCCGGAGCAUCGUCAAACGGGAGCAGUUCUACGUCGCGUCGGCACAGCACCAUCCAGAACUUGCUCUCGCAGAAACCGACUGGCAGUUCCUUCGAGAGUAUCACGAUGCAUUCUACCCACUUCACAAGUUGCUCAAAACUCUCGAACAAAACCGGGACCGCCAGCACGUGACCUUCUCCGCCUUCUACAUGCAGUGUCUGAUGGCCAUCAAGGACGUGCGGGGCAUCGACAAUCGGUUUUCCAAGCCGAUUAUGGCAGCGCUGAGCCAGUGGUUGAUGGAACUGCGAGAGCGAAGCAUUUUCCAGACCAUGCUCUAUCUGGAUCCGCGGUUCCAGUACUUCAAGUCGGUCGUGCUGACCCUGGAGCAGCAAAACGACGCUCAGAGCUACAUCCUCAACAUCUGGAACCGCAUCAACGCGCUCAAACCGAACUCGGAGGCCAACCAGAUCGACGAGGACAGCAUCAAGCAGGAGGACAAGAAGGACGACGACAUGGACGAUUUCCUGUCGGAAAUGUUCGGCGACCCGGCGGAGGGUUCGUCCAAGUCCAAGGCCAUCCCGCUGAACAGCACCGUGACUCCGGUGCUGCAACAGCUCAAAAGCCUGGAGAUUGAACCCCGGCAGCCGCACGACUACGACGUGUGGAACCACUGGUUGCAGCGCAGCAUGAGCCACGCCGAGCUGUUUUCCGUGGCCAUGGUGGUGAUGUCGCUUCCCACCAACAAUAUCUGCCUGGAACGAUCGUACGCAGCGCUAGUGCUAGCCGAUCGAAGUGACGGCCUGUCGGAGCAAACGUUGGACGAACUUCUGCUGAUCCGGCUGAACCGCAGUCUGUUCGAGAAGGCCGUGCUGACCAUGUACGACUGGAAGAAGGUGACGCGGUCGCAGGAAUGAUAGGACUAAAAGUAAGUAAGUGAUGUACGUCUAAUACGCAGAGAUAGAUAUAUAUGAUAGGUCAUGACCUAGUAGUCGAAUCAGAGGUAAGCGAAUUUUCCACAAUGUAAAUAAAUCACAGUAUUUUAAAACUUGGACAACGAAA